AUGGUGAACCUAGCAGCAAUCCACAACCCCGGCAUACUUGGUGCCAUCGUUUUUGCGCGUCACGCUGACCGCAUCGAAAGCUUCUCCAGUCCCGACACCUAUGCAACGUUCAACACGUUUAUAACCCCGCUCGGGACGUACAAUGCUUUCCAAUCUGGCAGCUACCUGCGUAGUGAAUACCUCGCGCCCUCGUCUCCAACCUUCAUCAAUGGAAUCUCGCCUGUCUUGGCCGACAUUCACCAGCUCCUUAUGCGAGCCGACUCCUCCGGCGACGGGACAGUUUUCCAGCAGAGCGUUACCGCUGUCAUUCAGGGUUUAUAUCCGCCAACGAGUAAGUACGCCAUCCAAUUGGCAAACGGAACCACGGUCGAAGGCGCCUUGGGAGGCUUUCAAUAUAUUCCCAUCGAAUCCGUGGAAAUGAAUCAAGAUGUCUCGCUCAAUGGCCUGUUAUCAUGUCCAAACUUUGACGCCCACGUUGCGGCUCUGGAAAAAUCGGACCUCUUCUUGAACAAGGGAAAAGAAGCACGUGCGUUCCUCCAGAAGCUCCAACCGUACCUGGCUGGAAGGCCAAUCGAUUUCAAUUUCAUGUUCAACAUGUGGGACUUUGCUGAUGUGCAAUCUCAGCACAAUGCGACCUAUCUCCACCACAUUCCCCGGGGUUUUGUAAACCAAGCUCGUGUCUUGGCCGACUUUCAUGACGGUUACGCCUUUUCAGAUCCUAGACCAGAUGGCAUUGGGAACAUUGGUACCCGUGUCAUGCUUCCGUCCAUUUUUUCCACCCUUUCGCGCAUUGCAAAUGCUAGCGACCCACUCAAGCUUGCUAUCAACGGAAUUAGCUACAAGCCAUUCAUCAGCUUGUUCAACCUAACGGAGGCCAUCGUCGAUAAUCCAGAAGUUCGGGGAAUAGAGAACUAUAACUCCCUCGCCGCUCUUGAAUUGCAUCCCGGCUCCAGUGGUGAUGCGGAGCCGACAGUCAACCUGCGCUUCAAGAAUGGCACUGCUGAUGUCUUUCACUCUCUGAAGAUUUUCGGCAAGGAUAAGGUCCCGUUAUCAGAGUUCGUUUCAAAACUGAGCCCUGCCGCGAUCAACAGCACUGCGCAAUGGUGUGCUGCAUGUGGACAGACAACGCUGAGAGGAUGUGCAGGCAUCUUGGGCUGA